AUGGGCCCUCAGGAGAACGUCACCUUGAAGGAGGAGCUCCAGGCCUCCAAGGAGACUGUGAACGAGCUGCUGAAGAAGGCGGAGGAGUACAAGACGAAGUCGCAGACUGAUGCGCAGCAGCUUCAGGAGCUGAGCUCGAGGCUGCAGUACGCGGAGCAGGAGCACGAGAGGCAGAGGCACGACUUUCAGCUUGCCAGGCAGACCUCUCAGCGGCAGAUCAAGGACUUAGAGGAUCAGCUGGAGACCUCGCUGGUGCAGCACUUCUCCGCACCCGGUCCGGCCCGCGGCCGCGGCAACAGCUUCGGCGGUGACUCGCUCGCGUCCCAGUUGGGCUGCCUCGAGGAGGCGGACGAGGAGGAGGACGAGCAGAACGCGGGCGGGGGCGGCGCGGGCUUCGACCCACACGAGAUGGCCCGCGUGGCGCGCGAGAACGUGAGGCUUCAGAGCCAGCUGGCCUCGUCCGAGGAGGCGGUGGAGGCGCUCAAGCUCCAGGCCCGGCGGGCCGCGCAGCUGCGGGCGGGGGCGAAGUGGCAGCUCGCUGCGGCGCGCGCGGCGAGCAAGCGGAUGGAGGAGUCCGGCGUCAGGGAGGACAACAAGAAGCUGCGGGGGAUGCUCGAGUCCGAGCGCCUCAGCUCAGAGGAGGUCGGCCGCCCGCCUCUCGGCCCGAGGUGGGUGGCCGCUGCGGGUCGGGUCGGGUCCAACGGCCGGGCGCCCGCGCCUCGAGGGGCGCCAUGCGCUCCGAGGGCGAGGACCGACGGCUCCGGCUCCUGGAGGCCGUGCCCCCCUCGGAGCCGGACGGCGAGAGGGCGGGGGGCCUCUCGCCGGGCCUGGCGCUGCACAGGCGCCUUCGCGGCGGCAACGACGAGACGGCGUUCAUCGGCGGCUUCUGCGCUGUCGUUGUUCUGGUCCUCUUCUUUUCCGUCUCCUUCCUGGAGCCGAACGAGUACGGCAUCAUGA